CGGGUGCGCGCGCGCGCGCGGCCGGCCAUAAACCCAACCCUGUGGGGAGUGAGAGAGCCGCGGGCCCGAUAAUCCGGAGAGAGGCGCGGAGGGAUCCGUGGGAGCCGCAGUGCGGCGGCGCGCGGACCGGGCGGGGCGGGGCCGGGCGAGGCGGGGCGCGCGCGGCGGCCGUUGAGGGACCGUUGGGGCGGGCGGCGGCAGCGGCGGCGGCGCGCGCUGCAGGCAGUGAGUGUGGAGGCGCAGACGCGCGGCGGAGCUCGAGCUGCUGCAGCUGCUGCCGCCGCCGGAGGAACCUUGAUACCCGCGCUCCGGACACCCGGCUCUCGCCAUGGCUGACCAGCUGACCGAGGAGCAGAUCGCAGAGUUCAAGGAGGCCUUCUCCCUCUUCGACAAAGACGGGGAUGGCACCAUCACCACCAAGGAGCUGGGGACAGUGAUGAGGUCCCUGGGGCAGAACCCCACUGAGGCCGAGCUGCAGGACAUGAUCAACGAGGUGGAUGCAGAUGGGAACGGGACCAUUGACUUCCCCGAGUUCCUGACCAUGAUGGCCAGAAAGAUGAAGGACACGGACAGCGAGGAGGAGAUCCGAGAGGCCUUCCGUGUCUUUGACAAGGACGGCAAUGGGUACAUCAGUGCCGCAGAGCUGCGCCACGUCAUGACGAACCUGGGCGAGAAGCUGACCGAUGAGGAGGUGGACGAAAUGAUCAGGGAGGCCGACAUCGACGGGGACGGCCAGGUCAAUUACGAAGAGUUUGUACAGAUGAUGACUGCAAAGUGAAGGCCCCCGGGCAGCUGGUGAUGCCCGUUCUCUCGAUCUCUCUCUCCCUGCGCGCGCACUCUCUUCAACACUCCCUGCCUAUCCCAGUUUUAGCAAACACCAGUUGAUGGACUGAGAAUCUGAUAAAGCUACAAAAGAUUUGUCCCAAGCUGCAUGAUUGCUCUUUCUCUUCCUCCCGAGUCUCCUUCCAGGCCCCCGCCAUCUCUUCCUUCAGCCUCCCCCGCCUUCCAUUCACAUCUUCCAAGGCCUGAUGCAUUCAUAAGAUGAGCCCCCCAGUCCCCUUCAGGGGGCCUUUGCCCUCCUCCUCCAGCCCGGGUGGCUCUCGUCCGUUUUGGUUUGUUUCUGUUUGUUGGUCAUCUUAUUUUGGGGUGCCGAGGUGGACGCCGGCGCUGUCCCGGGACCUGCUGGGGAGGGGCUGAGGCCCUUAGAAGGGCUGGGCAUGAGAGGCACGCCUUUUGCUGUUGCAUGCAACCAGCCUGUAAUACCCUGUGCCCAUCCCAGAGCCUGUCGGGGCAGGAGUGCCCAGCAUGGCGUUCCAGAAGGGCUGAGGGCGAUGGGGAGGGCCCCGAGCUGCGGUGUUGCCUGAAUGUGGCCCAGGAGGAGGCCAGGGGGCGAGGGAGGCUUGGCAGCUGGCAUGCUCUUAGCACAUGAGGAGGCCGGCCAGGCUGGGCAGCACUCAGAUGCCAUUGGCUGCUCUUGUGAACCAUCUGACUGGCUCCCUGAGGCGGGGCAAGGGGGGCCCGCUCCCCUGGUGCCCCUGCACGCUGCCCCCAUCCCAUGUUCCCCAAGCGAUCUCAAGCUCUCCUGGUGCUAACAUCCCAUGCCCACCCGUGUCCCGGUCCCCUCAAGGGAACGCACGUGGAUUGGCCGCUUUGUCACAUGCUACUCAUCCUUCCGUUUUUUCUUUAUACCCCUUAAAACUCUUAAUUUUUGUCUGAAACAAUGCCGGGCUAGCUGAGGAGUGGGGAUUGGGAGGAUGUGCCCCACCAAGCGCUCAAGAGAACAUAACCUGCAAUAAACAGCCCUGCCGGCCCGCCAGCCCCUCCCGCUUCCCCGUGGUGGCUCGGCGGCUCCCCAGCCCCGUCUGUGCUGUCUGUGCGCCCACCUGCCUGCCCCCCCACUCCCCAGCGGAGAGCAUGAUCCGCAACCUGGCUUCUGACUUUCGCCUCUGGGACAAGUAAGUCAACGUGGGCAGUUCGGUUUCCUGGAUUUUUUUUUCUUUUUUUUUUCCGUUCAUUUCAUCUGCCCCCCACCCCCAUCCCACCCCACCCCUCAGGUCGAUCAAGUGGCUUUUCCUGGGACCUGCCCAGCUUUGAGCAUCUUCUCGUCCACCCUGUGGCACCCAGCCUCCAGGGAAGGGGGGGUGGGGCAUAGCGGGAGACCCAGCCAAGAGCUGAGGGUAAGGGCAGGCAGGCGUGAAGCUGUGGGUGUUUUCGGAGUGUUUUGGUUUUUUUUUUUUUUCCAAACCGGGCAAUAUUUGUGUUCAAGCUGUGAAGAAAAAUAUAUAUCAAUGUUUUCCAAUAAAAUACAGUGACUACCUGA